AGAAGCACAUGGUCCGUGUUUGUUGCAGGAAGUGAAGAUGGCGGACCAGUCGUUGCUAUCUGAGUCUGCUCUCGGGUGGUCUAUAUUCGCCCUUGUAUUUUUGGUGAUCCUGUCCUUCUGUUGGGUCUACAUCAGGAAGUACCAGAGCCGCCAAGAGAGUGAGGUCAUCUCAACCAUCACUGCAAUAUGCGCAUUGGCCAUUGCACUGAUAACCUCUGCACUUCUUCCAGUGGAUAUAUUCCUAGUGUCUUACAUGAAGCACCCCAACGGUACUUACAAGGAGUGGGCAGAAAACAAUGAGACACGAGGCCAAAUCGAAGACACUGUGCUGUAUGCUUAUUACU